AUGGAGAUUCCCAUUAUUUGCAUCUUGGAUACAAAGAAAGAAGAAACGGUUUUGCAAUUUAUUAAGGCAAUAGUUUUUCUCUUCAUAAUAAUGCUUGGCAUUCUGGGGAACAUGUCUGUUUCUGUGAAUUAUAUGUUCAGUUGGUGGAGAAGUACCGAAAAGAAACCCAUACACCUCAUUCUCACCCAUUUGGCUUUCACAAACAUCAUAUUCCUUCUUGCAAAAGGAUUGCCAAAGACAAUAGCAGCUUUUGGUUUGAGGAACUUCCUGGAUGACAUAGGCUGUAAGAUCAUUAUUUACCUGACAAGGGUGGCCCGGGGCCUCUCCAUCUGCACCAGCAGUCUCCUCACUGUGGUCCAGGCCAUCAUCAUCAGUCCCAGAGCAUCUGGGUGGAGCAGACUCGGGCCAAAGUCUGCAUGGCACAUCUUUCCAUUCUUCCUAUUCUUUUGGAUACUCAAUGCUUUGAUAAGUAUGAACCUAAUCAAUUCUAUUACAAGUACAGGUUUGAAUAUGUCACAGCUUAAGAAUGGUUACAACUAUUGUUACUUUAUGCUAGAAAGUCAGAAAAUAAAAUUGAUUGUUCUCCCUCUCAUGGUUCUGAGAGAUGCAGUGUUCCAGGGUGCCAUGGGAGGGGCCAGUGGUUACAUGGUAUUUUUUCUCCACAAGCACCACAAGUAUGUUCUCUACCUUCAGAACUCCAAGCUUCUCUACAGAACUCCCCCAGGGUUGAGAGCUGCCCAGAGCAUCCUUCUCCAGCUCCUUAUCUUUCUUUUCUUCUAUUGGGCAGAUUGUGCCUUUUCCCUAUUUUUAAGUCUCACGUUAGUGGAUAAUCUUGAUGGUAAAUAUAUGAGAAUUUCUGACAGCAGGACUUCUCAGUAUCUACGUGUGAUGUGA